CAACAGUUCAUGCAACUUUUCAAUAGGCAAUUCAUAAAUAUAUGGGUUUCUAUCUAUAUUCAUGAUUCCAGAAUCUAAAGCAAAGUGCACUGUUAAACAAUAUCACAUGUAACAGUGAACUGUGUGUUUAACAGUUAUCGAGGAUUACGACCGAAUUUACUCUUGUUGGACACACGCCCACGCGUCGUUCCGGGCUUGGCAACAAUAUUCCCCCGCGAUUGUGACAAGGGGCGUCGGGAUCAACAAGGCUGUCAACUCACAGAGCCGCUAAAAGUACAGUGCUAGUCUAAUAUGUCGCCGCCUCGCCGCCUCGCCUCAACUCGAGAUAUAUAGAUCAAAAAAACUCGCGACUUGCGACAACUCCCCUCAUAAUUCGACAGAUGGCUCCCUCAGCCACUGCUCCCGAUGUACUGGCUGCACUCGAUGAGAUUAAAGCGCCCGCAGGAGUUGUGUUACCCCCAAAAGAAAUCAAAGCCAUCCUAGAGAAGACCGCAGGCUACGUCUCGCGAAACGGCGCAGUCUUUGAAGAUCGCAUCCGCGAGAAAGAGAAGCACAACCCGAAAUUUUCCUUCCUAAGCGCAAACGACGCAUACAACGCCUACUACCAAUGGCGACUGAGCGAGAUCAGAGAAGGGAGGGGAAAUGUUGUCGCAGCGGGUCGCGCUGGAGAGGUGCCCGCCGAGGCAGAGAAGCCGAAGGGGCCUCCGGAGCCUCCUGAGUUCAACUUUUCCGCAAAGAUGCCCAAUAUCAGCGCGCAGGAUCUCGAGGUCGUGAAGUUGACUGCGCUUUUCGUCGCGAAGAAUGGGAGGCAGUUUAUGACUACAUUAUCGCAAAGGGAGACGGGAAAUUACCAGUUCGACUUUCUUCGCCCGAAUCACAGUUUACACAAUUUCUUCCAACGGCUGGUAGACCAAUACACGGCGUUAUUAAGGGCAGGUGGAAUGGAUGGGGAUGGAGGCAAACUCCAACAAGAGCGGAUACAGGAGUUGGAGCGCAACGUAAAGGACAAAUUCAACGUCCUUGGCCGAGCAAAGCAACGCGCAGAAUGGUUCAAGUUCCAGGACGAGCAGAAGGUGAAGAAGGAGGAGGAAGCCGAGAAGGAGAAGCUCAGCUACGCACAAAUUGACUGGCACGAUUUCGUCGUCGUCGAGACCGUCGUCUUCACCGAAGCCGACGACCAAGCCGUCCUCCCACCUCCAACCUCGCUAUCAGAGCUCCAAUUCGCAUCUCUAGACCAGAAGGCCCACAUGUCCAUAAACCACAAUCUCCGCAUCGAGGAAUCCUUCCCAUCAGAAGAAGACUCGUACUAUAACGCCUACCAGGCCCCACAAGUCCACCAAAUGGCACCACCUCCCGCCCCAGCACAACAGCAGUAUCCUCCACAGGCCCCGGCCUUCCGCACCAAAUCAGCAGAAGAGGAAGAGGAAGAGGCACGCAUCCGCGAGCGCACUGAAGCUCGCGAACGCGCGCAGGCCGCACAGGCUCAAGCUAAGGGUGGAGCGGCGGCACCGAUGAAGAUCAAAGAGAACUACAUCCCCCGCGCAGCGCAGCGAGCAGCGAAUAAGAACGCACAGAUGGCGCUGUGUCCAAACUGCAAGCAGCAGAUUCCAUACAGCGAACUGGAUGAGCACAUGAGAAGUACGCCCCCCUUCCCCAUUUCCCCCAGCCUAAGCACAUACUAACACCCCAACAGUCGAGCUCCUCGAUCCCCGCUGGAAAGAGCAAAAAUCGAAAUCCGACGCCCGCUACGCGACCACGAACCUCUGGAACAACGAUGCGGCGAACAACCUCAAGCGGCUGGCGUCGCAGCGGCCGGACAUGUUUGACGGCGUGACGGGGCAGGCGCUGAGUGAGGAGGAGGAGGCGAGGAGGAAGAAGGCUGCCAUUAGCUAUGAUGGGAAUCCGGAGGGGAAGGAUGCGGGGAGGAUGGGGGCGGGGAUGCAGAAUGUCAAUGUGGAUGAGCAGAUUAGGAAUAUCCAUUUGAAGUUUGGGGAGAG